AUGACUGGCCGCCGUGGUCGCCCGUCUCUCGCUCAGAAAGAGAGUAUGGCCUCCACUCGAGGCAACUCUCCUGACCCUCUGUCUGUUGCUGGUACCGGCCGUCUCACUAGAUCUGCAUCGAGCCGUAACCUUGCAGCUGCGGCUCAACCUGUCACUUCAGCCCCUCCGACUGCCAAGAGAGGUCGAGGUCGACCCAGCAGAGCCUCCCUGGCCAACGACUCGGCUUCCUCAACUGCAUCUGCGUCUGCUGCUGCAUCUGCCGACCUCACUUCUGCUAGUGAAGCCUCCACUCCUGCUACCAGCAAUGUCGCUACACCGGCCCCCUCUGUCUCUGGGUCCGGCUAUGUCCCUCUUGUACUGCCUGCCGCUUUGAGAAACCCCAGGCUUAAAGGACCUCAGUCUGCAUCCAAAUUCGAGGUUCAGCUUCCCACUUCUGCUGGACUCAACGAGCGUGCUCUGCGCCACAGCCAGUAUUCUAUGCAGCCAGCCAAACGCAAGGUUGGCGGUGGUUACUACGACGACGACGAUGAAGAGGAUGAGGAGCCUUCUGACAAUGAUCGGGAUGCCGUGGUUGCUCGCCGCCUCCAGAAGGAAGAGAACAAGAAAUCCACUGCCUCUACCGGCCUGUCCGAUGCCGCCCUUGCUCGACGUCUCCAGGAAGAGGAGUACGAGAUGGAUGAGUCUGAUGUCCCCCUUGCUACCGGUCGCGGCCGUCGUGCGACUGCUGCUAAGGCCACAGUCAAGGACAGCGACGCCGACUCUGAGGAUGUUCCGCUUCUUUCUCGAUCCAAGCCUGUUGGUCGGGGCCGAGGUAGACCCCCCAAGAAGCAAAAGGUUGUGGUCCCUGAGUCGGACAACGAGGAUGAACCUGCAGAUUCGACGGACGACGAGCUUAGCGAUCUCUCGGACAACUUUUCUGAACUGGAGGACGAUGAUAGCAACAAGAUCCCCAAGAAGGCAAAGGCAAAGGGCAAGGCUAAGCAGCCAGUCAGACGGACUAGAGCUUCCGCUUCGACAUUGCCUCCAGCCUCUGUGGGCCUCCCUGAAGACGAAGACGAUGCUUUGUCGAGCCUCGAUAGCGGCGACUUUGACAGCUCGGAAUCUGACGAGGCCGAUAGUGAUGGUGGUCUUCAGAGCGCCGUGGCGGCACAGUCCCGUGGUCGUCGCGCCUAUCAGCGUGGCUCUAAGCGUCGCGGCAUGCUUGAACGCGCCAGGUUGGAGAACAACCAUCCUGAGCUUCUCACCAUGUGGCAGACCUUGGAGGCGUCUCCGGCCCUCAGGCCCGACAAGAUUGCUCAGCCGCAGCAGAUCUCGCGUCAGCUCAAGCCCUUCCAGCUCGAGGGCGUCUCUUGGAUGAUUGAGAUGGAAAAGACCGACUACAAAGGCGGACUUUUGGGUGACGAGAUGGGUCUCGGCAAGACCAUCCAGGCGGUAUCCCUGAUCAUGUCCGACUACCCCCAGAAGAAGCCCUCCCUCGUCUUGGUUCCUCCCGUUGCUCUGAUGCAGUGGAAGAGCGAGAUUGAGUCGUACACGGACGGCACCCUCAAGGUCUUUGUCUACCACGGUACUAUGAAGAACGCCAAGAACAUGACCCUGAAGGAGCUCAAGAAGUACAAUGUCAUCAUGAUGUCGUACAACAGUCUGGAGUCCAUGUACCGAAAGCAGGAGAAAGGCUUUACCCGCGCAGACGGCGUACACAAGGAGAAGAGCUUGAUCCACCAGGUCGACUUCCACCGCAUCAUCCUCGACGAGGCCCACAGCAUCAAGACCCGUACUACCAUGACGGCGAAGGCUUGCUUUGCUCUGAAGACCUCGUACCGCUGGUGCCUUACCGGAACUCCGCUGCAGAACCGCAUUGGCGAGUUCUUCUCCCUGAUCCGCUUCCUUCAAGUCGCGCCUUUUGCGUCGUACUUGUGCAAGCAGUGCCCCUGUGCCGGCUUGGAUUGGAACCUCGACGACGAUCACCGUUGCCACUCGUGCGGACACGCCGGCAUGCAGCACGUGUCUGUAUUCAACCAGGAGCUCCUUAACCCCAUUCAGAAGUUUGGCAACUUUGGACCGGGCCGCGAAGCCUUCCAGAAGCUCCGUCUGAUGACCGAUCGCAUCAUGCUUCGUCGCCUGAAGAAGGACCACACCAACUCCAUGGAACUCCCCGUCAAGGAGAUCUAUGUUGACCGCCAGUUCUUUGGUGAAGCGGAGAAUGAUUUUGCCAACAGCAUCAUGACCAACGGCCAGCGCAAGUUCGAGACGUACGUCGCUCAGGGUGUCUUGCUCAACAACUACGCCAACAUCUUUGGUCUCAUCAUGCAGAUGCGCCAGGUGGCAGAUCAUCCCGAUCUGAUCCUUCGCAAGCAUGGAGAGGGCGGCCAGAACACACUCAUGUGUGGCGUCUGCGAUGAGCCGGCCGAGGAUGCCAUCAGGAGUCGCUGCAAGCACGAUUUUUGCCGCGCCUGUGCUAGAAGCUACCUGUUGUCUUCCGCUGAGCCUGACUGCCCCCGCUGCCACAUUGCCCUGGCCAUCGACUUGGAGCAGCCCGAGAUUGAGCAGAAUGAGGCCGAUGUCAAGAAGUCUUCGAUUAUCAAUCGAAUCAAGAUGGAAGAAUGGACUUCUUCCUCCAAGAUUGAGCUUCUCGUCCACGAGCUUCACAAGCUUCGAUCCGACAAUGCUUCUCACAAGUCCAUUAUCUUUUCGCAGUUCUCUUCCAUGUUGCAGCUCAUCGAGUGGCGUCUUCGUCGCGCCGGUAUCACCACCGUCAUGCUCGACGGUAGCAUGAGCCCCGCGCAGCGCCAGGCGUCCAUCGACCACUUCAUGACCAAGACGGAGUGCGAGUGCUUUCUCGUCUCUCUCAAGGCCGGUGGUGUCGCGCUCAACCUCACCGAGGCGUCUCGCGUCUUCAUCGUUGACCCUUGGUGGAACCCUGCCGCCGAGUGGCAGUCCGCCGAUCGUUGCCACCGUAUUGGUCAAACCCGUCCCUGCACCAUCACCCGUCUCUGCAUCGAGGACUCGGUCGAGAGCCGCAUGGUGCUGAUCCAGGAAAAGAAGACCAACAUGAUCAACUCCACCGUCAACGCCGACGACAAGGCCAUGGAGUCUCUGAGCCCCGAGGACAUGCAGUUCCUGUUCCGUGGUUCUUAG